GUACAUCAGUUACUUUUCAAAAAUUAAAAACUUACGCUCAACGUCCUUGUUGUAGAGGGCAUGAUACUGGAGAAAAGCUAGCACUUCCAAGGAAGCAGCAGGGUAGUCCAAAUAUUGUUAAGAGAAAGGAUACCAUCCAGGUCGUCAAAGCACGAUAG